CGCGUCUUCCGGGCACCAUCUUUUUGGUUUUCCUUGUUGUCGUUGUCAGUUCGGCUAUUUUAUAAAAAAGCCGCAACCAUGGGUCGUAUGCACGCACCUGGUAAGGGUAUUUCCCAAUCAGCACUGCCGUACCGCCGCAGUGUUCCUACAUGGUUGAAAUUGACCGCUGAUGAUGUAAAGGAGCAGAUUUUCAAACUUGGCAAGAAGGGCCUUACACCCUCACAAAUUGGUGUCAUGCUGAGGGACUCACAUGGUGUGGCCCAAGUCAGAUUUGUCACUGGUAAAAAGAUCCUUCGUAUCAUGAAGGCUAUGGGACUGGCCCCUGAUCUACCCGAGGAUUUGUACUACCUGAUCAAGAAGGCCGUAGCCAUGAGGAAGCAUUUGGAACGCAACAGGAAGGACAAGGACAGCAAAUUUCGUCUUAUCCUGGUUGAGUCUCGUAUUCACAGGCUAGCUCGUUAUUAUAAGACAAAGAGUGUGCUCCCACCAAACUGGAAAUAUGAGUCGAGCACAGCCUCAGCCCUGGUGGCUUAAGUCUAAAUAAACUUUAACACACAUACAUUGUUUUUUCAUAGUUUUUAGUGAUAUUUAGGUUCCUAAGUUCCUGAUAUUUACGCCUCUCGGUCUCCCCAAAGGAAAGGGUA